AAAUUAAUCCUACUCUUCAAAAAAGAAAAGACUUUUUUAAAAACAAAAGUAAGAGUAAAAUUUUGCCAAUUAUUUAGAUUAAAGACAAAUAAAUAAACAAAAAAAACAAAUAAAUAAACAAACUCAAUCAGUGAAUUAAAUUUAAUAUUUGAUAAAAAAACUUAAAGAAAAAUCAAAGGUAUUAACAAACGCAAAAAACCUCAAUAUUCAGUAAAAAAAAUAUAUAAAUAUAAAUAUAUCAGAUUAAAAUCUAAAGAAAUAUUAAAGAGGGACAACUAAAGAUAAUUAGUAAUUAAAGAAACACAAUUAUAUAAAUCAAAUUAGAAAAAAAAGCAUAAAUAAAUUUUGGUAAGAAUAGACUUCUAUUCUUUAGCAUAGAUGUAGGAUAUGCAAUUUACAGAAAUUCAAAACCCUUAGGACAUUAGCUAUACUAUCAUACACUCGUAAAAGAUAUUGAUAGGUCAAAGCAAUCGAUUUUCUGCAGGGUAUUUAGUUAUUAAAGGUGAGUAGAUUGAAAAAUUUAUUCCUGAAAGCGCAGGUUUAUCAAGUCUAACAGAAUAGUAAAAAAGCAAUAUUAUUGAACUUUAGCCACAUCAAUAUGUAAUACCUGGAAUAAUAGAUACGAAUGUAACUAUCCACACUGAAUUAUCAGACCAAGAUUGGAUUGAUAAUAAGCAUCUCUCGAUGCUCGCACUCAAGUACGGAAUCACUACCUUAGUGAAUUAAUCUCUGCAACCUAAGUUGUAAAGCAGCUCUGUGAAUGAAAUGUAAAAUAACACAGCAGAUUAACAAGUGAAGAGCAGCGAGUUAAAUAUCUUUUAAGAUAAUUAUAUGUAGAAGAAAAAGGAAUCUAACAAGUAAAAUUAUCCAAAGGUUUUUGAGUAGAAUUAAAUUACAAUAAAAAAUUAAACGAGUUAAAUUUUUAGUGAUGAAAACGUAUUUAAAACUGUAGAGUAGUUAGAUGAAAAUCCUAGUUGCAAUCAUAAUAAGAUAAACAACUAAAUAAAUAUAAAUAAGAGCAGCAACUAAAAUAAUUUAAAGGGAGAUUCUUUACAUGAUUUUUAAUUUGACGAUAAAGAAAAGCAAAGCUGCUUAGAACCUUCAACAAAUUCUCGUAUUCCUUCGAGCUUACUUGAAUUUCAAACAAAGUUGUAGUAAAAAAAGAAAAAUAAUUUAAAUGAUAACAGCUUAGAGCUAUUUUGUGAUUUUUUCAAUAUACAUGUUCCAGAUUCAUCUGAAGUAAUGUCAUCCUAAAUCAACAAAAAGACUAUUUACUAAAACUAAUUAGAAAUUUAAACACCGAAGUUGAGAAGUGAUAUCAAAAUAUAAUCAAAAUCAUUCGAGUGUAGCAGUAAUUAAGACCAGUAAUUAUAUUUUUUAUCGCCUCUAUAAAGAUAAUAGCACAAUGCUUACUCUAAAAACAUGAUUAAGCUAUACACUUCUCCACCAUUUUUACCUAACAUAUUUCACUUUAUAAAAUAUGAGAGCAUUUCUGCCUAUAUAAAAAGUAUUUAUGAGCACAAAGUGAAAAGAAACAUAGAAUUUUAGCUAGAUUUUUCAUCAUCUUCUCCUGAUGAUGUUAGCAGUUUUUUAAGAGACCAAGAGAAAUCAAUUUAGUUAGCAAACUAAGAAGAAGAUAGCUUAGAAAAGUUAUAUUAAUAAAAUUAGUUAAAAUUUAAACUCUUUAAUUUUUAAGAAACACAUGGAGACCCUUAGAAUCCGUUUGACAUUUAUUCAUAGCAAGGAAAUAAUUAGAAAGAUAAUAAAUCAGAAUACUUUUCAAAAGAGCUACCUAUAAUUGGUUAAAAAUCAAGCAGUGAAAGAUAUCUCUAUAAUAAUUAAUUUUAAUUGAGUAUUAUACCAGAAGUUCAUUCUUGCUAAACAGAAACCCAUAAUAAUUAUACACGCUAGGAAAUAACUGAAUCGCAAAUUAAAAUAUCAAAUAACUUAAUUAACAGCGGAUCUUUUAAUAGUUAGAUUAUAAGGGCUGCUUAAAAUUAGAAUUUAAAUCACAACCAGCAAUCUAUUUUUUUUCAUGAAGAAGGUAUUUAAGAGGAUAGAAUACAUUAAAAAUCUGACGCUGUCUAAAUUUAAACUAUAAACUCAUUAGAUUUCAUCAAUUAGCAAUCUAUCUAAUAAAUUGAUGAGCAGCUAUAGCAACAAAAUUAAAAUUCUAAUUAACUCUCUAGUAGCUAAGCAUAUUAAUUGAGCAGUGGUAAUAAUCCUGUUGUUAUCGAUAAUUCAAGUGGCAUCAUUGAAUAACAAAUAGAAAAAUAAAUUUAAUAAAAUGGUAAAACUUGUAUUUAAAACGAAGAGAAAUAAAAUACAGAUUAAGAAAAUUUAUAAAAAAAUUGUUUAAUUUAGAAUAAAGAUGAAAAUAAUGUAGUAGGCGCUGUAAUAGAAUUUGAAGAAAAGGCACCUGAAAUAGAAAAAAACAUAGGUUAUGAAAUUUAGAAUAAUCAAGAAAACGAUUUGCAAAAACUUUAGGUAUAGCUUGAAAAUCAAAAUUAUAAAAAUGAAGAACAUAAUAUAGCACAGUAAUCUUAAACAUAAAAUAGCUGUAAUAUAGAAAAAAUAAAAAAAUAAUAGAAAAUAGAGAAUGUUGAUGAAUCAAAAAUAGAUUAAAAAAGUGCAAAUUAAAAAGUAUAGAAAAAAUUAUUAUAUUAAGAGGUUGAUCUUCCUAUAUUUUUUAUACAUCCAUCAUCAUAGCAAGGUGAUAAUAAUUUAUCACUCAGUAGUCCUUUCAGAUAGCACUAAUUCAAUGAUAGAAUAAGUAACAAAAAUCCUCCAAAACUAGGCGGUGAUGCUCUAAGAGCACCUUUUGAAAAAGACUAUGAAGAAACAAUAAAUUAUCUCAAAACAGUUGAAUACGAUCCAGAUGAGUAUAAUGAAGAAAUGAAAUAAAUUUUAUAUGAUGUGUUUGAAGCUAGUAAAGAAAAUAGCAAAGCCUAUACUGAUCAUUUAAUUAAUCAUUCAUAGCUCUCUGACUAUAACAGUGACUUAUUAGAUGAAAGCGAUCAAAAUGAGCCGUACAAUUUUCAGCUUGGAAAAUAAGUACUCACUUGGCCCCAGCCAUAAUUUAAUUUAAACUUUGACAAGGAGAGGAAUUACUUUAAUUAAGAGUGUAAUAACUACAAUUGUGAGAAAAACAUGUAACAAAAUUAGGCAGAAGUUGAAAUGGAAAUACCAUACUUAGCAGAUUCGUAAUAUUUAGGCAAUGAUGAAAUACGAGAGUCUAUUUAGAAUAUUCACUAAUCAGUUAUCUAGCUUGAAGACGCAGAGGUAGAAAAACAACUAUAAUAAUAGCAAUUAGAUAUGCCUAUAAUUGAAAAAGAUAAAUUUAAUACCAGUAGCAGAGAUAAGUUAGAUGCUGAUCAAGAGAAAGUAGAUAAUGACAAGAACUCAUUAGAUAGCUCAUAACUUUAAGCAAUUAUGAUUAAAAUGAACUCUAUAGAAAUGUAUGAUGAUUAAAAAAAAGAAGUCUCCAUUAAAGAAAAAACAAAUGACAGCAGAAGCAGCAUCAUCUAAGAUUAUGAAGAAGGAAUCAAUAAAGAAUAGAGCCCAAAAGAAGAUGGUGAAGUAGAAUAAACUAAAGAAACUUAAUUUAGGUUUCAAUAAUAAAAAAGCAUUUCUUAAAAUAACAGUGAAUCUAAGUGUAUAAGAGAUCAGCUAUCCCCAAUUAAUUUUGUGCCUUACGAUGGGGAAAGCAGCAACGAGGGAGGGAAAAAUAAUGAGCCAAUUACUAAAACAGAAAAUGAUAACUUAAAUAUCUGGAAAAAUAGUCCACUAUUUAGGACAGGUCACAAGCAAUUCAAUAGUUAAGAAAAGCAAUCUCCCUUCCAAGAGAUUAAAGCUGAAAUUAGUGCUCGCAAAGAAUAAAAGGAUUUGAAUUUGCUAGAUUUAUCAAUAGGUAAAAAGUUUUCUGGCUUAGAAGGCAUAAUAGGAAUGAAGAGAGCUAAAUCAAUUUGUGAAAAUAGCGAAGAUGAUAUGGAAGAUUCCUCUUCUGACUCAAAAAUGAACAACAAUAUCAGUGAAACACAAUUUUCAAAAUAAAGAAAUGAAUACUCGAAUAGCUCAUCUAGCUAAACUUUAGGCAAUUCUAUUGUUUCGAUAGAAAGAUAAGAAGAAUGCAAGAUUGAAAUGAGACAGUAAGAUGAGAAAGAGAAGAUUUCGCCCAAAGAAAUAAAUUAAAAUAGAAAUAAGGAAGAUGGUAACACAAUGCUUAAAUAGUCAGAUAAAGACGAAGAGGCUUGCUAAAGCUAGGUAAGAAGAAGAAAUUUCACUUUAUAGAAGCUCGAUAUGAGUAACUAAAAUAUAAAAUCUUAAUUAUUAGUUUCAUUGGAUAUGUCAACUAAGAGUAAUUUGUAGGGAUAUUAAGAAAAAAUGACAUAUUCUAACAAAAAUAUAAGUCGUUUAGAUAGCUUAAAAGGAGGAUUUAAUAUCUCUUAACUAUAAAUUAAUGGCAGUAAUUAGAAAGGUGAUGAUUCUAUGAUAAAAUCUAGCAUGAGCUUAAUCGAGAGGAGGUAAAAGAGUUAAAUGUAAAGCAUAAAUCUUGACACUUCUAAAUAAAUUACCUAACCUGCAUAAAUUACUUACAAUCCUAAAAUUGACUAUUUGCAUUUUCUCUCUGCUCGACCUUUUUUUUGGGAGUACUAUGCACUUCAAAUGUACUCUCAAGUAUUCCGCAAUUUACUUACAGCAAGCUAUGAGGCAAGUGACAAACUAAAUCAAUCUAACAAUCUAUCUCCUUCAACAUACUUAAAUUAAUUAUAAUAAAAUACCUAAAGUACAGACGUAGACAACAAUAAAAAUAUUUCUAAAAAUGCUCAUAAUCAAGUCAUCUAAAAUACUAGUGCCUGGAAAGAAAAAGUAUAAAACCCUAUUACAAAUAAUCAAAUGAGAAGAAAACAAAUUAAUAAUUAAAUUGGCACUUUUAUUUUUUAAAAUAUUUCAAAUGGAUUAAGUAUAGUGAGGAUUUUUUCAAUGAAAAAAGUAUAUGAAGAGAUAGUGAAUAUUUAUUCUGAAGUAAGUUGGCCUUUCUUGUUCUUUGAUUCAACUCAAAUCACUUCAGGUGAUUCUCGUUUCAAGUCAGAACCUGCAAUUCAAAACUUGUAAAACAAGUAAAUUCUACAGAGUUGUCUCUUUAAUAAUUAAAAACUAAUUCAUAUGGUUGGCUCUUUCCACUUUACAGUGCCUGCAAAAUACAAAUUCUUUUCAUAAAACCAAAAUUUAAAUACCUCCCAACAAGUUUAAUCUAUUUAGAACAUGACAUAAUAAGCAGAUUAUUUUCCUGGUGAUUUUUAAAGAGCUAUAAACGGUUUAUUUUCAAUUGGUGGAUAACUGCCCACUCUAUGGACUAUUGCAGUAUCUUAAAAUUAAUAGAACUAGAUUAGUUCAAAAGCUAAAAGCCCAAUUGCUAGUAGGUCUAAGUCAUCUUCUUUUUCAUUUGGAAUAAAUGUUCAACGAAAUUUAACUGGUCUUCCUAAUUUAACUCAAAAUCCUAGUAUUUUCAAGUAGCAUCAGGGUGAACAUACUGCAGAAAAAACAGAAGGAAGUGAGGAUAGCUUAACGAAUGAACCAAAUAGAGAAAAUAGCCCUUUAGUUUAGAAUAUAGAACAAGAUAACAAUGGUGAUAAUAGCAAAUUACUUAAAUAAAGAAAGAAAUCUUCAUUUUACUAAAAAGAUAAGAAAGAUGAUUUAAAUUUCAGCAUAAAAAAGAUGAUAAAAUAAAAUCAAUUAGAUAAUUUGACCAAUAGUGAAAACCAAAGUCCAAUAUCCCACAAAAUGGAUGAUCUUUUAUUAGAUAUAAACCCCAAUAAUAAACAAAUUUUCUAAAUGAAUGAAGAUAUGAUCAGCAUUAAAACAGAUUCAAAUAACUCAACUCCUAACAAAAAAAGCAAUAACGUUGAAAGAAAAUAAUUAACUGAUUAGGAAGAAAAAUAUCUUAUAAGAAUAGCAGAUGUCCUCUCAAGAAAUCCAGCAAAAAUUUGUAAUUUUAAAUAAAAAGGGACAUUAGAGGAAGGAAAGCACGCUGAUUUUAUCAUAUUUGAUCCCUUCGAAGUAUAUGAAUUUUCAGCCUAAAUUGAUGAAAAAUAAAAAUUCCCUGCUUAAUUACAUAUUCUUAAUAGUUAAAAAGUCCAAGGAAAAGUUAUUUCUACUUAUCUUAGAGGGAGAAAAAUAUAUGAAAAUCAAAAGUUUUAUUUGGAUUCAUUUAGUCCAAUACUCAAACUUUGA